AUGUUAAUCAUCAUUUUGUUAAAUUUAUAACUAGUAGUAUACACACGUUAUACAGCUACAAGAUUAAAAAAUACUGUGCCUUUUAAAUAAUAUAAAGUUAAUACAAAUGAAAUAACAGUAUAAAGAACAGGACAUGAAAUAAAAUUAGAAUAAAAUCUCAUAUUGGAAAUUAGAUAAGAAAAGUCUGAUUAAAUUGAUAUUCAAAUAUAUGAUGAGGCAAAUAAUCAUUUUAGAAUACCAUCUAGUCCUGUAUUUGAAUUCAAUUAUAAUAGCCUUUUGACUAUAAUGAUGUUAAAGAUCCUUAAUAAUUUGCUAAUUAUGAUUAUGAGAUUGAUGUAGAAUAAAAUUGUUUAGAAAUAAAAGUAUAAAGAGAUAAUGCAACAAUAUUUACAUUAAGUGAUUUAAUAUUUAGUGAAAGAUAUAUAGAAUUUACACAUUAUCCAUAAAACAAAUAAAUGUGGGGUUUAGGAGAAAGGAAUUAAGUUGGAUUUCGUUUUAGAGAAGGAAUAUAUACAUUGUAUGCAAGAGAUGAGCCAAAUAUAAUAGAGGAUGGAAAGAGACCUGGAAAACAUGUUUAUUCUAGUCAUCCUGUAUUAUUAAGUAUGGAAGAAAGUGGGAAAUUUAAUAUAAUGUUCUAUAAAAGUUCAUCUCCGAUGGAUAUAAAAUAUGAGUAAGAUUAAAUGAAAUUUAUAACAAUUGGAGGGAUAAUAAAUAUAAAAUUAUUUUUAGGUGAUGAAUAUCCAAGAAGUGUAAUUAAAAAAUAUCAUUAAUAUUUGGGAGGUUGGAUGCUUCCACCAUUUUGGGGAUUUGGAUUUCAUUAAUGUAGAUGGGGAUAUUAGAAUAGUAGUGUUUUAAUAGAUGUUGUACAAUAAUAUUAGAAAAAUAAAAUACCAAUAGAUAUUAUAUGGACUGAUCUUGAUUAUAUGAAUGAUAGAUAGAUAUUUUCUGUAGAUAAAUAUAGAUUUCCUUCGAAAGAUUAUUAAUAUUUAAAAGGUUUAGGUGUUAGAUAUAUACCAUUAUUGGAUGUAGCAGUAGGUGUAAAAUAUGGAAAUGAAGAUGAAGGUUAUAAAAAAGGAAUAGAAUAUGAUAUAUUUUUAUAUUCUCCAGAUACUGGAUAUCGAUUUGAGGGUUAUGUUUGGCCAGGAGAUUCUUAUUUUCCUGAUUUCUUUCAUCCUAAUAUUAGUAUAUAUUGGAAUGAAAUGCAUGAACAUUUAUAUAAAUAAGUUGAAUUUGAUGGUCUUUGGGUUGAUAUGAAUGAGCCAGCAAAUUUUUGUUAAGGGGAAUGCAAUUGGAGUAAUAAAGUAAAUGAUCAUCCAAUAAGAAAAGAUAGAUUAAAUAAAGAAAUCGAUUUUCCAUAUAUUCCAGGUUAAAUACCAUUAGCAAAUAAAACAUUGCCUCCUCAUUUAUUACAUUAUGGAGAAUAUUUGCAUAAAGAUGUACAUAAUCUAUAUGGAAUUAUGGAUUCUUUUUAUACUUAUUAAGCUUUAAAGGAAUUGGGCAAAGUAUAACCAUUUUAGAUUACAAGAUCUACAUUCCCAGGUACUGGAAAAUAUGCUUAACAUUGGACAGGUGAUAAUGGAGCAUCAUGGGAUUUUUUAUAUUUAUCAUUAGGUUAAAUAUUUUAAUUUUAAAUAUUUGGAAUUCCUAUGGUUGGAGCUGAUGUUUGUGGAUUUAUGGGAGAUACUACUGAUAAACUUUGUUGUAGAUGGAUUUAAUUAGCAUUCUUUUAUCCUUUCUUUAGAAAUCAUAAUAAUGAUUUAUCAAAACCAUAAGAGUUUUAUAAACUUGGAUCUCAUGUUAUCUAAUCUGCUCAAAAGAACAUUCAUCUUAGAUAUUCAUUAUUAAAAUGGUUUUAUUCUAUUUUUAUUAGAGAAUAAAAUCAUGGUUCAAGUAUAUUAUUAUUAUAAAUAAUCAUUAGUUAUUAAUCCUUUAUUCUUCAUAUUCCCUAAUGAUUAUCUUACAUAUAGAGAUUUUGUUAUGGAUACAUAAUUAAUAAUCGGUGAAGAACUAAUGGGUGCUCCAAUCUUAAAUGAAGGAGUAACCAGAAUUGCAUAUUUCCCAGAUUCUAUUUGGUAUGAUCUUAUCACAGGUUUAGAAUUUAAAGGAAAAUAAGAUCACACUCUUUAUUGUUCAUACAAUGAAAUUGUACCUAUAUUUAUUAGAAGUGGAUAUUUAGUAAUAUAAAAUAUUAAAGAAAUAAUCAAAAAUAUUAAAUCUUUAGAUAAUCAUUAUAGACUUAUUGCUGCUCCCAUGAAUUCAGAAGCUAAAGGAAUAUUCGCUGACUUAGAUAAUUUUGAAGACGAAGAAAAAGCCAUUGAAGCAGAUAUUAUUAAUUUGAAAUUAAUUGUAUAAGAAAAAAGUGUCAAAAUUACAUUAAAUCAAAGCCAUUCAGAAUUAAUUAUUGAUGAGAUUCUAAUUUAUGGCUUAGAGUGUUCAUAUCAGUAAUGUAUAUCUGGGUAUUAUAAAUAUAACUCUAUAUUUAAAGGUCCAUUUAGUUUGGGAUAAGAUAAAACAGAAUUAGAGCUGAAAUGAUUUAUAUAUUGUACAGUAG